UGAAGAAAUAAAUUGUACAGAAGAUACGAUGGAUAAUGAAACUAUACUAAAAUGGAUGGAGAUAGCUUUGAGCAAAGCUCUAGAUUCUCUGCGUGCUGGAGAAGUUCCUGUAGGCUGUCUUUUUAUUUAUCAAAAUGAAAUAAUAGCUACAGGAAACAAUACAGUCAAUGAAACACGUAAUGCUACUCGUCAUGCAGAGAUUAAUUGCAUUGAUGAUGUUCUAGAGUUUUGUAAAAGACGUAACUUAAAUUAUCAAGAAGUUUUUAAGAAUUUGGACGUUGUUGUAACAGUAGAACCUUGCAUUAUGUGUGCAGCAGCUCUUCAUCAGUUAAAAGUAAGAAGUAUUGUCUAUGGAUGUUCAAAUGAUCGGUUUGGAGGCUGUGGAAGUGUUCUUGACAUAGCUCCGAUUUACGAAUCUACUGUGAAUGUAGUAGGGGGAAUUAAGAGUGAUGAGACAAUGCAGUUACUCAAGGAAUUUUAUAAAGGGACAAAUCCUAAUGUUCCUGAAGAAAAGAAGAAAAAAGGACGGAAAAAUAAGGGUAAUACGAAAGAAGACAUUAACAAUCAAUAGAAUUUAUUUAUAAAAAGAUCAAUUUCAUAAGUAUGAUCGCAUAUUUCUUUACUUGAUUCGAAUCAACUACAUUACAAUUACUUAAUCUUGCAUUUAUCUUGGUACCACCUGACCAAUAGUUGAUUCUCCAGUAAAUAAUUUUUUUGCGUCAUAUUUAAAAUCUAGAACAACGAAUAAAUAAUUUUGAAUAACGAAUUACUCAUAGCAUCUAUAAAUUAUGAAUCUCAAUAGUUGAAAAACAAAUAAAUAUAAGUAUAAAUCUCACAAUAGUUAAUAAAAAAAAAAUACCGUUUAUAAUGGUGGAGGCAAACUAUACACUAAAUAGAAUUAUAAUAAAAUAAUGAAAUAUUUAGUUUCCUGAGCGUUUCAGAAUUAAAAUUAAACAAAUGGGAAGUUAAUAAUUCUGAUAGGUAAAAUAGCAAAUAUAUAUCAUUUCAAUAAAAAAAUAUUUGGGCCUUCUAAGUACUGGAUCAAUACGUUGACCAACUUCUAUCUGAACAAAUAAAAGGUUGAAUAUCACUUAUUCAUAUAAUCGACUUAAAUGUGAAGAUAAACUAGAUGGCAUUUACUUCCAUUAUGAAUCGUUUGAUUCUUAUCAAUACGAGCUUGAUUCGUACUAAUUAAAAAAAAAUCUUACGCAGUUAAAAGAUUUGACAUUAUCAACUAUUUGUUACUUGUUUUUAAAAAGUUUUAUGACAUUGUUAAUUUUAAAAAAAUGUCAGUCUUCUUUACAGAGACAAAUUUUUUCAAAAUCAAUUUAAGUGAUGGUCGUAUAAAUAUUAAGAUAAAAUUUAUAAUUGUCCAUCAAGUACAGUUUUUCAAUGUAUUCUUAAAUGAAAUACUGUAUUUUAAAAAAAUUCGUAAUAACGUCCUCUAUAUUUAUUCAUCAAUAUAAAUGACUUUAAUAUCUGAUCAAUUUUAAUCGUGAUACUCUUUGGAUCUGACAUUGUGAUUAAUUUUGUAAUGUUUUUAAACAAUGGUCAAACUAUUUAUUGAAGUCUUGAAUAGGCACUAAUGAAGAUAUAUGGAAAAUUCCAAUUCAAUUUUUUAUUUUUCUUAUAACAGCCUAAUCUUUUAUAAUUAAACAAUAACGUGAUUUAAAUGAGUAUUUUCUUUGACUCUAAAGUAAAUUCAGUAGAUUGAUUUAUACUCAUGUAAAGCCUGUAAUAUUCGCUACUCUGUGAAUUGAUUGUGAUAAUAGAUAAAUAGUGAUAAAACUCCAUAAAGUAUUAUUGGUAUUAAGCGAUAUUUAAAAAAUACUUCAGACUGUCUCGAUUUUUGCAUUUGCAAUUAAUACUUGAAGGUUUUUAGAAUUAUUUCGAACCUGAAAGAAGAAAGUUAUUACAUGCAUAAUAUAUGAAUUUACCUUAUAAAUUAUCAUUUUGACUUGCAAAUAUAAUGAGGUAUGAAUACUCACAAUUACUUUCAAUAUUUUAUAGAAAAUUUUCAAGUAUAAUUUAAAAUUUUUAUGUUUCUCCUUUUGAAUAAUAUAAUUUUAAAGGUAAAACAUCUAUUGAGCUUGAACGUUCGAAGCGAUAAUACUGGAAAACCGGCAAGAUUACCUGGAAGAACCGUUACUCGUUGAUGUUUCAUUGCAUCCCUUCUCUCAUACUAUUUGUUGAGCGUAAAAUAUGAUUAAACCGGUUUAUUUUUUCGCUAGCUUUUGAAUAGAACAUUGAAAGCCCUGACUAUUUUAUUUAGA